AUGUCAGAUACUCAACCAACAGCCAGUCAAUCUGGCAUAUCUGAAGUGCUGGAAGAGAUAUCUGAUAGUACGACUGUAGAUAUAACAACGCAGCGAGGAACUGGUGUCGGUGAUUAUACACUAGAUAUCGGUGAGAAAGUGCCAGCUGCCGAGGAGUUGAAUGAACUAUUUGAUGGCGGCAAUAAGAGCUACCAAUUCCGUGCUCUUGCACGCAAAACGAUAUCAUACCAAAAACGACAGUGGUUCGUCAACAUCUGUUGUAUUAUGCUAUGCCCAGUGUUAAUGGUCGCCAUCGCUGAAUUCUUAUGGUGCUCAAAUUCGAGCGCAUUCGACGUGAACGGAGAACCGAUCGACCCCAAAGGCGACCUUCCAUUGGUCCCUGCAUCCACAUUACCCAAUGUUCGCAGCGGUGUGAGCGAAGUUGCCUUGACAAAUUACUACCUCCCUCCUCCAGGUGACGAUGCCUUUGCAACGCCCGGCGCCCCUCAACUAUGUGUAUACUGGUUCGAACGUGACUAUCCAGUCCAGGCUCCAUAUCAACCCAAUCCAGCGGCAGCAAACGAAAAUUUGCGCAAAGCAAACACUUACUUACCCGAUCCAGUUGGAGGAUGGUUUAAUCUGAGUCAACUAAUGAAGCCAUUUUACCUAGCAAAAUACCAAACGUAUCCAUACUUUUUUGUUACUGACAUUGGAGACGCCAAUUCGGGCACAAAAGCAGCGCUACCUGCCGUCAGCGAUCCAUCCAAGUUUUAUACGGAUGAUUUUCUUAAAACGCAAGGAACAGGGCUAUUAGGACAGUUUGAUACAAAUUAUUACGUUGACUUUUCUCGCGACAAUGACCAAUAUUCGAUUGCUGGAUUCAAACCGGUUCCGUACUUUGAAAAACUCAACAACUCUGCUAAUGACAUGGAUAAUCUCAUGGCAGAUCGUAUACAAUCCGUCCUUGAGAAAGUAACAAAAGCGGAUAAAUCGGCUAUAGAAGGAUUCGACGCUCCUGAUAUUGAUCUGCUCAACUUUUAUAUUGAUAUUGCCGACAUAUUACAAGAUUUACCAUGGGGAAAUAUCCUAUUCGAAAAAUUAGAUCCAAUAGUCAAACAAUGGACAUAUACCUUGCAGAUAGGCAACGAUUUGCGUAUAUCCGCUGCCGCAUUAUUCCCUCCCCAAGGACUGCGACGUACAGCUGUGCAAAGUCAAUUGAGUAAUGCAUUCAUCAAAUCAGCAAAUGGAUCUUUGCCAACCACAAAAAUUACUCAUGGUUACAGAGUUAUGCCACAAUUAUUCAACUCGCGAGUUCAAAUUCAAGUUGGAACUAUUGCCAUCGAUGCCAUAUUCAACCAAACGUCAGCUCCGACAGCGUACUACAUUUGGCCACCAUUUGCAUUUUAUCGAGCGUUGACCCUUAUCAAUCAGAGAAGUGUCAGUCACACCAAGCGAGCCUACAGAGUGACGGAUCUGCGUGGAGGAGAUGAUGUACUUGGCUCUAUUAUUGCUAUGAUUGUAGAAUAUUUCUUCUUCAUGGCAUUAUCCUUUUAUCUGACCCAAGUGCUGCCUAGUGAAUACGGAGUACCAAAACCGUGGCAUUAUAUCUUCACCGAACCGUACAAGAAAUGGCGUGGCCGAAAGAAGAAGGACGCUGAAUCAGAAAAGGCAGCAGCGCGUUUAGAGGAAGAAGCAAUACCAGAUCUCGACUCUGAUGAAGUUAAACACGAAGACGAAGACGUGAAAGCAGAGCGAGCUCGUGUAUUAGAGAACAAAUACCCACCUAACUCGCCGUUGGUAAUGGAACGAAUGCGCAAGGUUUACGGUAAUGACAAACUUGCAGUAAAGGACAUAACAAUUGCCGUGGAGAAGAAUAUCAUAUUUGGUCUACUUGAAGAAGUCUUCUUGCGUAUUAUAUCCGACGCUGAGGCCGAGGCCGAUUAA